AUGCCCUCGCCGUCUAAAGGCAAAGGCAAAUCGACCGAAACCCAAGGGAUAAGCGCCAAUACCAACACCACGAACGUUGAUUCCAACGCGAAUUUGGAUUCAAGGAUGAGGGACAUGAAGAUACCAACGAGACUGUACACCUCGAUGCACAUCCCAACGGCCAUUUCGUCCCCUUCGACGAAGUGCAUCCAGUGGACGCCAGAAGGACAGUUGUUGUUCGUGACGAAGAGCGUGGUGUACAUCUUUACCCCAGAUACAGGCAUAAACUUUGACCUCUCCUCGACGUUUAAACCUGCACUCCCGACGUUGCCGACUGCACCUUCUGCAGCCCUACCGGUAUCAUCCCAGCUACAACCCACGUCAAAUGUUCCAAACUCUAGUAGUGGAGACCUAGUCCUGAAAGUCGGAGAUGACGACCAAGCGAUGGGGUGGUUCAGGACUAUUGUGCAGGAUGCGCCUAAUCCGGGUGGUGCUACGGGAGCUGGAGGUGGGACCGCCAGCGGAGGAGGAACGGCCAGUAGCGCAACAGGAGGGGCAAGCACCAGUGGAGGAGGAACAGGAAGUACCUUUUGGCCUAAAUACUCUCAAGAAUGGGGAACGGUAGCCUUGGGCUCAAUCGAUACCGCCAUCUCGAGUGUUGCAUGCUCACCGGGAGGGGUUUCUGGGGAUGGGAGGCCUAUCCUCGCACUCUUGACUACCAAUAUGGAUUUAUCGCUUUGGACACCGGGGAAGAAUUACCUCAAGGGGGAGUGGUUUAAGAUAACAGACUUGACACCGACGCUCCUCGAGUACCACGCAGCGUUGACGAGUUCGGUCGAUGGAGGUGUAGAGGGCGUGUUGCAGGCUCAGAGUACUUGUCUAACAUGGACACCCCGCGCUCCAUUCCAAACCUCUCCUUCGCUCAUCUCGCUCGAUUCCUCUUUGUUGGUGGUCGGCAACCGAGCGGGGUGUUUGACAUUUUUGAGAUAUUCACCAACCUCGCCAUCAAAUAUCAAAAUCCUGCUCGCGAAACGUGUGGCCAAUGGGUGGGUUACGAAGAUUGAUGUUUCUGGGUGGAGGGUGAAGGGUGAAGGCACAUGUGAUGCGCUUCUGGCGUAUGCAAGUUCGACUGGGGACGUGGGUGUGGUUAGGGUCGUGCAGCAGUUGACCUCUUCUCCUCCGAGCUCGCCUGCUUCUGGAGACGAGGGCGCCAGUGGAUACAGCAUCGAACUGCAAGUCGAAGACGGUCUGGACAGCGCUUCCUUAAACUUGGACAACGCAGCUGUGACGGCUCUGCGAUGGGUACAAGUGCGUGAUCGGGACUCGCCGGUGCUGGUCAUUUGUAAACCGGGAAUUUUGUACCUCUACUCUCCUCCCUCGGCCUCAAACGAUGCCAACCCCUCCAAUACCUCCAAUGUCGCCUUCAGCGAGUCCAACAAACCCCAGUCAGCUCUCGUCCCCCUCCCCCUCCCACCGCUCCCCUCCCCGCCCUCGGCCCACACCAACUCGCCGUUCCAUCCCGUCUCUGGGAUCCUCUACGUCGAGAGGGAGGAUAAGCUCGUGGUUGUGCUGUUUGAUGGGAGUGUGUACGUUGUGAGGGGUGUUGGGCGGGGUGAGUUUGGGAGGGAGGUGGAAGUCGUUCUGGAAUCGGGGUCGGCUGAAGAUCUGUCGUCCCACCAUCCAAACCCAUCCUCCCCAAUCCUAUCCUGCCAGACCCUCUCCACGCGCCUCCGGACGGUGUUCAAAACAGUCGAAAGCCGGUAUCUGGGCGUGAAGAUUGAUGCGAGGGUGAUGAGUCGGGUUAAUGGGGUUGUUAGUUGGGAGUCGGGGGUGGUUGGUGCGAACGCUGAUGCUGGUACUGGUGCGGGUGGGGUUGUUUGGGUGCAUGAAUCCUCGACUCCCUCGGAUUUCAGCUACAAACAUGACGCGAAGCAUUCGAAUACGUUGGUCGUUGCCGAGUUGCUUUCGUCUACUCUGGGAGGAGUGGGAGGAGGAAGAGGAGGAGGGGUGGACCCGGUGAGGAUGUUGGAGGAUGUGUUGGGUGGGUUUGAUUUAUCUUCACCGAUUAGCCCGACGCACCUCCUCCGGCCGUUCUUCCACCUCUUGCAGACGGACCAAGCCUUGUUCGAGAGGUGUCGGGAGGGGAUCUUGGGUGUGCUCGUGAGGGGGUUGGAGGGGGUGUCCGAGGCGAGGGAUAGAAUGUUGGUUGAGGGGUGGGGGGUACACGGUGGUGAGGACGGCGAUAAGCGUGAGGAGGGCGAUGUGCGCGAAGGAAGCGGGGAGGGCGAUGAAGAUAAGAUGGACGUGGACGACGAAACGCCCAAUGAAGCAGGAAGAAGAGGAAGAUUGGAUCAGGCAACGUCCCAGGUAACCCUGGAAAAAGUGAAACAAAAGUUCGAGUUUAGUCUCCGGAAUCAUCUUUUUGGAACGCGGGCGUUGGUGGUGUUGAGGAUCAAGUUGGGAGUGGCUGAUUUCGUUUGGAAACACUCCUCCAACGACACGCACCGCAAAGAAUGUGGAGAGAUUGCACAGCGCAUCCUAAAUGAGAUCUCGUACUGGAAUUUGAAGAUCGUGAUUGGGGAUGUUAGAGGUGUUGUUAGGUUCUUGGGGGCCGCAGACGCCCCCUUCAUCCUCCGGCUCAUCCUUCAAUCUGCGCUUCCCGGAUCCCCGCCUGAUCUCGUUGAAGAGGGGAAGAAGUUGAUGGAGGCGACUGCGGAGUUGGGUUCGAGUGUUUCGGUUGCACCACCACUACCGCCGCAGCCGCCUCAUGCAGUGAUAGAUCCUGUACUGGCGGGGAUAGGGCAAGAGGUUGCGCCUCCUCCGCCUGGUGCUGGUGUGGACCCCCCUCCUCCUCCUGCACCGACCCCUACAACGACGACGACAGAACCAACGCAAGCACUGAAACCACCUACAGCGACAGCAUCGACGACGCAUGCACCAGGGCCAGGACCAGGGCCAGCGCCCGCCCCACCACAGCUCCCGACCACAGAACCCUGCCCGGCGUGCCACACGCCCAUCCCUCUAACGGACACCACGACCGCGGUGUGUGCGCGCGGGCACGUGUGGAGGCGGUGUUCGGUUAGUACGUUUGUUAUUCGGGGCGUUGUUGGUGUGUUUGGUGCUGGGUCUGGGUCUGGGUUGGGUUCGUUUAGUACUGGGUCGGGGUCGUCGGUUGGUAUUGCGUCUGGGUCGUCGGUUACGACUGGAGGGGAUGGAGGAGGAGGAAUAGAAGGAGGGGGAAGAAAAGAACCCGAGUGGAAAAAACUCGAUGUAUACGGUGUCCGGUCUUGUGUUGGGUGUAGCCGGAAACGGGGUGGUAUUUCUGGACCUCCUGGUCCUGCGGGAGUAGUAGGUGUAGGACCAGCUGGAGGAGUGGGAGGUGGCGGACCAGCUGGGGGACUAGUAGGCGGACCAAGCCAAGGCUGGUUGGUGAACCAAGUCCUACGCGCCGUUGAUCAAUGUAUGUAUUGUAACAAUCGGUUUGUUAGUCUGUUGUAGUCGGUGUAGUUUGAAGUACCUGC